ACGCACAUUCACGUGCACACACUCAAACGCACGCGCACGUUGGCUGCUGCAGGCUGCAUCCUUCCUCUCCAUCAGUGUUUUCACGGAGAUGUACGGAUCUGAUCACGUCUUCUUCUGCUGCUACACCGCCGUGAAUAAGUGCAUCUGCGUGCUGAUCGAUUCCUGUAUCGGAAAAUAAUCCGUAGCCGCAUGGUGACGUCACGUCGUUGAUCGGUAAUAGUGGCUGGGCGGGCUGGUUGGUGGGCGGGUGGCUGUUAGGUGCGCGGAUGCCACGGGUAGGUGUAUGGUUACAUUGAGAGCAAACACCGGAUAAGAGAAAAGGAAGAUCAAUUUCGCAAGAGGAGUGUUUGUGGACGAGCGUCGGGACUGUUAUGUAGAAGCUGUCACGGCCGCCUGCAGGAGGAGGAUGGAUGCGUAACAGGACGGAUCGAGCCAGCUGUGGCCUGCUUCUUACAGCAACAUCUGGCCGUCCUCCUGCAGGGUCAGAGAGGGCGCCUUAGCAGCCAGCCGGUUCUGGACGAUCGCGGGGAGGAGGUGGAGGAAGAGAUGGAGAUGGAGGAGGGGGAUGCAGAGGGGGAAGGGCCCAUGGCGGUCAGAGAGGGGCCGAGCGGUCACGGCCUCCAGCGGGACAACAACAGCAGCACGACAACGACAACAACCACCAACCUCCUGGCUUCUGUCAAAGAACAGGAGCUGCAGUUUGAGCGGCUGACUCGGGAGCUGGAGGAGGAGCGGCAGAUUGUGGCCAGCCAGCUGGAGAGGUGCAUGCUGGGAGCUGAGUCGCCAGGAGGAGAUAGUAGCAGCUCGUCUGAGAAGUCGUUUGCAUGGAGAACUGCAGGUGGAGAUUUGCAGGGUGGAGCCAUGGAGGCGUCCGGUCGUCACCUGGAGGCGGAGGAGGGACUCUUCAUGCCUGAACCGGACCGCGCCUCCCUGCAUGACAGUGAGGGUUCUGGAGGUCUCUCGGCUCAGAUGACCUCCUAUUCAGACAGCGGCUACCAGGACAGCAGCGUUAGUUACUACAGCAACCAGAACGUGGUGCGUUCGGAGCCCCGAGCAUCGAUAUCCAGGAGCCCGAGAGCUGAAGGCCAAGCCUCUGGGCAGGUGUCUGGUCGGAUGUUACGCAGGAUGGCCUCCCUCCCCUCCAGGAGUCAGUCUCCCGGUUGCGGCACUGCUGGCACUGUCUCGCCCUCCCGCAUCUCCCUGCGAACAUCCCAAGGCAGCACCUAUGACUCGCCCAUCCUCUCUGAGCCGAAACCUCUUCCCGCCAUAUUCCCCGGCACCUCCAUGCCGCCGUCUUGCCCUUCGCCGACCUCCCCGACUGACGGCACGCAGGCCCUGGGCGGUGGUGGAGGAAAUGGUGGACUAGGAGGAAUUAUAGGAGGAGGUCGUCUCGGCUCCACUCUCUCUCUGGUGGAGGGGCGGGGUUUGACGGGGUCACCGCUGCGUUCGGGGAUGACGGCCGUCCCGCAGCACUACGGCUCCACGUUGCCGAGGCAGAGUCAGCCGCUGGCGUACGGAGCUGAUCCAUACGGCCUAUAUCAGAGGAGCGCACUGCCCCGCCCGGACUCCCUCAUAGGGCUUCACAGCUCGUACGCCGGUCACUCCGGGCAGAUCGAUCCCGAGCUGCGGGCAGCGUUGUCUCCGGACUGCCACAUGACGCCCGUUUUUGAUGAACGCUCCUUCCACAGCCCGCUGUACCACAGCCCCACACACGAACCCCAGGGAGCCCUCUACAGGCCAAACACUGGUAUGGGCACCCUCCCUCGGGCUACGAGCCACUGCAGCACGCUGCCCUACCAAAGAAGCAGCAGCUACGGGCUGAGCACUGCAGCUCUCUACGUCGACCCCUACAGGGUCUCAGGCGAGCCCGUUUUCUCCCACCGGCACUCUGGGCUGGUGGAGCGGAUUGGGACUCGAACCCCGUCCAUGGAGAGCAUCCAUAAAGACCCCAGGGAGUUUGCGUGGCGGGACCCCGAGCUGCAGGAGGUCAUCCACAUGCUGCAGCAUCACUUCCCCUCCGUCCAGGCCAACGCCGCCGCCUACCUGCAGCACCUGUGCUACGGAGACAACCGGAUCAAGGUGGAGGUGUGUCACCUCGGAGGGAUCCAGCACCUGGUGGAUCAGCUGGACCACAAGGUGGCCGAGGUUCAGAAGAGCUCCUGUGGGGCCUUGAGGAACCUGGUGUACGGCAAAGCCACCGACAACAACAAGGUGGCGCUGAGGAACUGCGGCGGCGUGCCCGCUCUGCUGCGGCUCCUCAGGAAGACCACCGACAACGAAGUCAGAGAGCUCGUCACAGGCGUCCUGUGGAACCUCUCCUCGUGUGACGCCGUGAAGAUGACCAUCAUCCGCGACGCUCUCUCCACGCUCACCAACACGGUGGUCAUCCCACACUCGGGCUGGAGCAGCGUCUCGCACCGCGACGAACACAAAGUCAAGUUCCAGUCGUCGUUGCUGCUGCGAAACACCACCGGCUGCCUGAGGAACCUGAGCUCAGCCGGGGAGGAGGCGAGGAGUCAGCUGCGUUGCUGUGAAGGUCUGGUCGACUCGCUGCUUCACGUGCUCAAAGCCUGCGUCAACACCUCCGACUACGACAGCAAGAUCGUGGAGAACAGCGUGUGCACCCUGAGGAACCUCUCGUACCGCCUCGAGGUGGAGAUGCCCUCCUCCCGCCUCCUCGGAAACCAGGAGCUGGACACCCUGCUGGGCUUCUCCUCCCCCGCCAAGGAGCUGGACUACCUCUGCUGGGGCAAGAGGAGGCGGGGCAGGAAGAGGGGCGGCUGGCCCGACGACAAGUGGGACGGUGUGGGGCCAAUCCCAGGUUUCUCUCAGUCUCUGAGGGGGGCAGAGCUGCUGUGGCACCCCCUGGUGGUGAAACCGUACCUCAAUCUGCUGGCCGAGAGCUCCAACCCGGCCACGCUGGAGGGUGCCGCCGGCUCACUGCAAAACCUCUCUGCAGGGAACUGGAAGUUUUCAGCCUACAUCCGAGCGGCGGUGCGUAAAGAGAAAGGUCUGCCCAUCCUGGUGGAGCUGCUGAGGAUGGACAACGACAGGGUCGUCUGCUCCGUCGCCACCGCUCUCCGAAACAUGUCGCUGGACGGCCGCAACAAGGAGCUGAUAGGAAAGUACGCCAUGCGGGACCUGGUGAACCGGCUCCCCGGCGGCAGCCCCACCGUGCUUUCGGACGACACGGUGGCGUCGGUGUGCUGCACGCUGCACGAGGUCACGAGCCGCAACAUGGAGAACGCCAAAGCUUUAGCAGACAGCGGAGGCAUCGAGAAGCUGGUGGACAUCAGCAAAGGGCGAGGGAAAGGGUACUCGAUGAAGGUGGUGAAAGCUGCCGCUCAGGUGUUGAACACGCUGUGGCAGUACAGAGAGCUGAGGACCCUCUACAAACAGUCAGGAAAGAACUGGAGAAGAACCCGGGACGGCUGGAACUACACACACUUUGUCACUCCGGUCUCCACUCUGGAGCGAGACCGCUACCUUUCACAGCCGACACUGCCCACCAGCCCUCUGCAGAUGUCCCCCGUCAUCCAAUCAGGUGAGAGAACCGGUGGAAGUGCGACCUCCUCUCCGGCGAUGCUCGGGAUCAGAAGACACAGCUCCAACUAUCAGAGGGCGCAGUCAUCUAUGCAACUCGACACGUAUUAUGGAGACAACAGUUUACACAAACGGCAGUACACAGGGUCUGAGAAGAAAACUCCGUAUUUCAUUGGGACAUAUUCUUCUCAGUCAGGAGAGGAUUUGAGAAGGUCCCAGCACACAGAGCCAUUUUAUGACGAACCCGACAGGAAGAACUACAACAGCUACAGAAUGUACCUGUCGUCCCCUCAAGGCUACGGAGACGAGCCCUACGAGGACGAGCCGGUCCACCUCACCCCGCCCUCCCCCGACGGCUACGCCACCCAGUCGCUCCGAUUCAAAGCCAACACCAACUACGUGGACUUCUACUCCACCACGCGGAGGCCUUCAAACAGGGCGAACAAGUUCACCGGCUCCCCCGACUCGUGGGUGUAGAGACAAAGUGGGCGUCGCGUGCGUCCGGCUCAGUGUGUUUCUGUGGGUGUUUGUGUGUGUGUGUGUGACAGGAGUGCACUUGUGUGUCUGGGUGUGUGUGUGUUGGAGGUCGAGGGUGCAUGUGGAUGUGUGUGCAUCUGUGUUGAAACUGUGCUGAAUGACCAGGGCUCGGUUUGCUACAUGCAGCUUUUGACUGAGUGGCAUCAUGUGCACAAUAAUGCAGAUAAAUCAUCUUUGUUUUUUUCUGCAGUCAAAUGGAAGACUUUGUGGAGAAAAUGUUGCAGUGCAGUUUUUGACCACAGGAGGGCAGAAAAACCUACAGCUAAAAUCCAUGAUACGAUAUUGGCUGUUUUUAUGGCUAAUAUGCGAGCAAACAGCUGCCUUCUUGCAGCUUUGAUCAUCUGGUGGGAAAAUGUUCCACCACGUUUAUGGUUAUGCAUGAAGUGGUCACGCUGGAUUUUCUACCUAAAAAAAGUGAAUUUGAUCCUGGCUCUGGUGAGAAUAAUCAUUGUCUGUCACUGUCCUCACCAGCUGCUUAUGGUUGUAAUUUGUGAAGCAUAUUAGAUCAAAUUGAGUGAAAUUUUACUGAAAUUAACUGUCAUUAUUCCUGCGGUAUGACGAUAGGACACUGCUGAACAUUCACUUUCUAUAGUUACUAAUAAUCAGACAGCGAAUCUCAGCUCUUCAGCCUGUUGAGCAGAACGAUAGUCCUUACAGCAGUCUGUUGUUCAUUCAUUGCACAUCUUUAAACCCUUUGCUCUCUUUGAUUUGAGCUGAGCUCUUUUUGCACAUUUAUCUCCGACAGCUUUGCACAUGCCAAAGUUUAGAUAGAAACAAACAUGUGAGGAGCAGGUCCUUGAUGACAGAGUUGCAGACGGCCACCUCUGAUGAGCAGUGGUCUUUCACACCUGGACUCGUGACUUUUAACGAUUCUCACUUCACACCCAGGUGGACAAACGACCCACUUUUUACUCCAACAGCCUUUUAUAAGUCCAACUAACAGGCCGUCAAUAUCUAAAAUAACAUGAAGUUCAGUUAACAAUCACUACAACGCUCAUUUUUUUACUGUUUUGAUAUUUCAGUAUGUUCAAGAGUAGAAAACGUUUGUCAGAUUUUUCCAGCUUUAUCUGCAUUAUUUUGAACAUGAAAGUGUCUGAACUGAACCAAGAUGAGCUUAGUCAAAAGGUGCCCUUGGAAAAAAGAAACAGCCCUAACGUUGUUGUUCAGCGGAGUGUUUGUGAAGGUCAACUGAUAUCAUGUUUCUCUGCAGUAAAAGUGUGCAGUUUGUUGGCUUUAUGACAUAAAUAUCGUUCGCCAGCAUCUUCAUGAUCACGAGAGAAAAACCCUGGGACAAAUAUUAUAAUAGGCUGAAGGCUACCACCAAUCUGAGAUAAAAGUCGCCAUUGUUGUUGGUAAUAUUUGUUCCAGGUUUGGAGAAGAGGAAGUCACCUUAAAGAGAACCUUUAAAGACUCAGAGCACCGGGGUUACACCUGUAACCUGUGCUCGUCUGUAUGUUGGCUGAAACGUGCAGUAUAUCAUAAAACGUGAAAAUGUGACAAACAUGUGAAAACCUAUUUGUACAGAUGCAAUGGUUAAAGCGUCCUGUUACAUUGUUGUACUCAAUAUGUAGAACUUUCUAUGUGAUUGUGUGAAGAAGAUUUUUCUAUUAUUUAUGAUUCUUUUUAUUAAUUUCACCUGUGACCUGACCAAAAUACCCCAUCUGUCUGUUCUGUCCAAAACUGAUGAUGGUGACGAUGAUGUGCAAUGUUACAGAGGGAAAUCUAUGUAUAGGGAUUAAAGAUUAUAUCACGA